CAUAAACACACAAUUAUAAUUAUUAUCUGUAUAAAUAAUAUAAUUAUUUUUGUUCAAAAAAGAUGGCUAGUCUUAAAUAUAUAUAUACCAUUUAUAUCAUACUAUCUUUUAUUAUAUCUAUUUGUUUAUCGGUAUCAAUUGAACAUAAACAAACAAAAUUUUUUGGACCAACUCCAACUCCUGUAAAUAGAAAUUUACAGUUUAAUUCAGAAGGCAAAUUUAAAAUUGUUCAAUUUACAGAUUUACAUUAUGGUGAAUCCGAUAAACAAGAUGCAUCGUCCUAUAAUUCACAAACUGGUGUAUUAAAUGCCGAAACCGAUGCUGGUUUGGUAGUUAUGACUGGUGACUCUGUUAGUGGAUAUGCAUGGAAUGGUACAGAGGGUUGGUUUGCACAAAAGUGGUUACAUUUAGUUAGUCCAAUGAUUCAACACAAUAUACGUUGGGCAUUUACAUGUGGUAAUCAUGAUGAUGAAGGUGAUCUCGAUAGAACCCAAAUCGUCGAACUUGACAAUACCUUCAAUCUCUCACUUACUCAACAAGGUCCAUCCGAUAUUCAAGGUGCAACCAAUUACUAUUUGCCAAUCACUGACUCGAAUGGUGAUGUCCAAACUAUUCUUUAUUUCUUUGAUAGUGGUGAUGAUAAUUGUCAAGGCGUAGUAGGUUGGGGCUGCGUAUAUCCAGAUCAAGUCGAAUGGUAUCGUACUGUAAGUACCUCACUCCGUGAAAAAUAUGGUCGUGUUGUUCCAGCCAUCGCCUUCAUGCACAUUCCAAUCCCAGAAUAUAUGGACAUGUGGAACUUUUACACUGUCAAUGGUAGCCUUUACGAUACUGGUGUUUGCUGUUUCUCUGUAAACACUGGUUUAUUUGCAGCCUUCAAAGAAAUGGGUGAUGUAGUUUCAAUGCACUGUGGCCACGAUCACGACAAUGACUUUAUUGGUAAUUACAAUGGUGUCCAAUUAGGCUAUGGUAGAAAGAGUGGUUAUGGUGGCUAUGGUCCACCAGCUGGCUGGAAACACGGUGCUCGUGUUUUAGAAAUUACCGCUAACCCAUUCUCAAUCAAUACCUAUUUACGUUUUGAAGAUGGUACAACCGAAAUCAUUCCAGCUGUCCAUCCCCCACAAGUUAAAGAACAAUACAAUACUUGUUGUGAUACCUAUGGCUUUGUAAAUAUUACUGGUAACAACUAUUCAAAUUGUAAAACCUAUGAAGAAAAUUUCUUGGCCAAUAAUCCAAAAUUAUAUGAAAUUAAUUUAAACCAUCACAAAAAAUUAAAAAAUAAAUAUUAA